AUGCCGCUGCCGUGUUGUUGUUCCCCGCAGUGGGUCGGCGCCCCGUGCGGCUCGCACGGCCCCUACGUCUUCUACAGGGCGUUCCGCUUCCAGCGCCGCGGCGGCGGCCGGGCGCGGGUCCUCUCCCUCGGUGACUUCUUCUUCGUGCGGUGCCGCGCGGAGGAGCCCGCCUGCAUCGCGGAGCUGCAGCUGCUCUGGGAAGAGCGCACCAGCCGGCAACUUCUCUCCAGCGCCAAACUUUAUUUUCUCCCCGAGGACACCCCCCAGGGCAGGACCAGUGACCAUGGCGAGGAUGAAGUUAUUGCUGUUUCAGAAAAAGUUACUGUGAAGCUCGAGGACUUGGCAAAAUGGGCACAGUCCGAUUUCUCCAAGUGGAAGUGUGGUUUCCGGGCUGAGCCGGUCCAGCCCAUGGAUGUGGGGAAGAAUGGGCAGAAAGAGGCCUUGACAAGAUACAGACAAUCCACACUGAACAGUGGCUUGAACUUCAAAGAUAUUCUGAAGGAAAAGGCUGAGCUCGAAAGUCAUUGCCAGAGGAGCAGAACAAGAGAAGGAGAACUAGAUCUUAACAGCUGGAGGGUCUUGGGAGGUGAGGAUGACGAAGAUUCAAACCUUUUAAUUCUCAGCUACCCACAGUACUGUCGAUACCGUUCCAUGUUAAAGCGCAUUCAGGACAAGCCCUCUUCAAUACUAACAGACCAGUUUGUUUUAGCCCUUGGAGGCAUUGCAGUAACAAGCAAGAAGCCCCAAAUCUUCUAUUGUCGGGAUACAUUUGAUCAUCCUACCCUAAUAGAGAAUGAAAGUAUAUGUGAUGAGUUUGCGCCAAAUCUUAAAGGCAGACCGCGCAAAAAGAGGCCAUGCCCACAGAGAAGAGAUUCAUUAAAUGGCAUUAAGGAUUCCAACAAUAAUUCUGAAAGCAAAGCUGUUGCCAAGGUAAAAUGUGAGGCUAAGUCAGCUUUGCCCAAACCCAAGAGUAACAACAGCAACUGUAAGAAAGGCUCAAGUGAGGAUAAAUCAAAGAUUGCCAUAGGUGAAGAAUGCAGAGCUGAUGAGCAGGCUUUCCUUGUGGCUCUUUAUAAAUAUAUGAAAGAAAGGAAAACACCAAUUGAACGAAUACCUUAUUUAGGUUUUAAGCAGAUUAACCUUUGGACUAUGUUUCAAGCUGCUCAAAAACUGGGAGGAUAUGAAACAAUAACAGCCCGACGACAAUGGAAACAUAUUUAUGAUGAAUUAGGUGGUAACCCUGGAAGCACAAGUGCUGCUACAUGCACUCGCAGACAUUAUGAAAGAUUAAUCCUGCCAUAUGAAAGAUUUAUUAAAGGAGAGGAAGAUAAGCCACUGCCUCCAGUGAAACCUCGAAAACAGGAUAACAGUUCCCAGGAGGGUGAAGUGAAAACAAAAGUGUCUGGAACAAAACGCAUCAAAAAUGAAAACCAAAAGAGCAAGAAGGAAAAAGAUAAUUCACAGAAACCCCAAGAUGCAUCUGAGGUUUCAUCAGAACAAGAGAAGGAUCAAGAAUCAGCAGACCAGAAGAACUUCCCUGAACACCCUACAGUGGGAGAGAUGAAACAACCUGUGCAAGGCCCUCCAUCUCUUUUACCAGAGACAGCUGGGACACUGCCUCUGGAGAAGACUGACAUGACAGAAAACAGUGAGAAAGCCAAGGAGGAGGUUCAGCACUCAUCCUCUUUCUCGAGUAUAUCUGUGCCUGCAGAAGAAGACACUGUGCUGGAUGCCACUGUAGCAAAACGAUUACACUCCCCAGCAGAUGCCCUGGAAGACACAAAGCCUGAACAAAGACUACACAAAGCUUUUACUGACAGCCUAGAAAGUGAACCUCCAGAAAUGCCCUUCACAGCUUUCCCAGACCAUCUACCCACUCAGAGUGACAUGGAUGAUGAGAAACUGCCUGGGAUGGCUGAUUACAUCGCAAACUGCACGGUGAAAGUGGACCAGCUGGGAAAUGAAGAUAUCCACAAUGCAUUGAAGCAAACGCCCAAAGUACUGGUGGUGCAGAACUUUGACAUGUUUAAAGAAAAGGAGCUGCCUGGGUCCAUGAGUGAUGACUCCACUUUCAGUUACACACCGCUGCUGUACUCAAAAGGUAAUCCAGGCAUCAUGUCACCCCUGGCAAAGAAGAAGCUGCUGUCGCAGGUUAGUGGGGCCACACUCUCGUGUAACUAUCCUUACGGUUCUCCUCCACCUUUGAUCAGCAAAAAGAAACUCAACAGCAGAGAUGAACUGUCCUCAGGCAUAUCACAAGGUUCCCAUGCCCCUAAUUCUGAUCCUGUAGCAAUUAAUAGGCCCUCAGUCAUACAGCAUGUACAAAGUUUUAAAACCAAGGAAGAAAGGAAGUCAAUUAAUGAUGUUUUUAAACAUGACAUGCUAAAUGAACCAGAUUCUCAGCGCUGUGAUUUUUCAAAACAUCACCUCAGUUCUUUUGCCGAGUCAUACCUACCGAAGUUGGAUAUCCAGGACUGCAAAGAUAAAUUGAGUGAGAAAAGGGCACUGCAGCACUCCCAUGUGCCCACUUUCUUGGCAGAUUUCUAUUCAUCACCUCAUCUGCACAGCCUUUAUAGGCACACAGAACACCACCUUAAUAAUGAACAGACAUCUAAGUACCUCCCCCGGGACAUGUUCAGAGAGUCUGAAAAUAGUUGUACUUUUACUCAACACAAACACCAAGAAAAACUAAGUUUAAAUUAUCGCCCGUCUUUGCAUCAGCAAGAAAAAAAGGCAGCAGUGGAGGUUUCUUCAGAUGAUCAGCCAACAGAUUUGAGUCUUCCAAAGAGCAUACACAAACAGACUGCAAAGGUUCCAGGCUCCAGUCUCCCUCACUCAUCCACGGCCCAGCAUGAAUGCAAAGGGAUCUCCCCGUUCCAGGCCAGAAGCAGCCAGUCUGUGAGCCUAGACUGCAGCCCCAAAGCUUGCCAUGUGUCCCCUAUGGCAUUAAUAGCCCCCAAAAAACACAGUGAGUUGCUCCACAGGUCUGGGAAGCAGCAGGCCCAGAGGCUGGAGAACCUGAGGAAGAUGGAGGGGAUGGUGCAUCCUAUCAUCAGCCGCAGAACAAGUCCACAGAACGUGGGAGCUGCCCGGCCUCUGAAACGGAGCCUGGAGGAUUUGGACAAAGUCAUUUCUGAAAAAAAAAUCCGAGCUGUCUCUCCUAUUCAUUUACCAAAGGAGACCCCAACAAAAGACAAGGUUCCCGACCAAGAGGGGGAAGGUAGCAAGUCAAUUCAUGGCUUUCAUUCUGGCAGCAUGCUGGAUAGCCACAAAUUUCCCCUAUCAGCCCCCAUCUUCCCAGGCUUGUAUCCAGGAAGCCUGUGCACGGGCCUGAACAAUCGCCUCCCACCCGGGUAUUCUCAUCCCCUGCAGUACUUGAAAAAUCAGACCAUGCUAUCCCCACUAAUGCAGCCUUUGGCUCUUCACUCCUUCAUGGUGCAGAGACAGUUCCUCACGUCCCCUGCAAACUCCCAGCAACUGUACAGACACUUAGCUGCAGCAACACCUGUAGGAAGUUCCUAUGGUGAUCUUUUGCAUAACAGCAUUUAUCCUUUAGCUGCUAUAAACCCUCAAGCUGCAUUCCCACCUUCCCAGCUAUCCUCUGUACACCCCAGCACAAAACUGUAAACCCCCCUCGCUCACAAAAUAUGGUCUGAGGAGAAAAGUUCAGUUAGCGACAUUCCUCUCCCUGUGACAAUUGCAGAUUUAGCAAUCUGUAUUUUCCUCAACCAGGAUGCAGUUGUAUCCCACCUAGAGGAGCAUCUUGGAGUUUGAUGGAGACAGGACUGCUUCCUUAAUUCUGGUUCCCACAUCAGCCCCCUCACCCCUUAUCCCUGCCCUUGCAAAAAGGAAAACCAACCAACCAAACCCCCCCCCCCCCCAAAAAAAAAAAAAUUAAAAAAUUAAAAAAAACACACACAGAAAAAAAAGUGGGAUUUUGCAUAUGUGUUUUUUGAAAGGACUUGAACAUGGUAAGAGCAGGUGUUCAAAGGGAGCCGUGGAAACACAGCCCCAGUCCUGAGCUCACUGAAACACUGGUGAGGGCUGCGUUUGCCUUUCACUGAGCCAAGGACCAGAGGUUGUGCAUUGUUGCAAAUGAGUCAAAGACUUCAGAUGAACCUGGAAAGGAGAAGUGGGCCAAGAAUCUGUACAAUUAGUGGAUGUGCUUUUUUGGGUAACUUUUCCUGACUUUCAAAGAUUCAAUCAAUGCAAUGUAUAGUAAAACGGCAAUAGAUUUUCUCAUUUUAACACUAUUAGAACAGAAUGGUAAACACUGUUUAAUUUGAUUGUACAUAUCCACUUCAUGAACUACCAGUGUCACAUUUGGUCACAAUAAUUUAUAUAGUUUUCGUUUGUCCAGUGUAUUCUGUGCUCUUUAUGUUUGGGGUUUUUUUUUGUUUUUGUUUUGUUUUGGGUUCUUUUUAUUUUAUUAAACAGUAUCAUUUUAUCUGCAACUUUUUUUAAAGGCUGUGGCUGUCCUAAUUUUUUUUUUUAUUACUUGUUUGUAAUUUUUCUAGUUUUCUUUAUACUUUUGAGACACAUUUUUGUUUUGUCAUCACGUUUACUGUUUACAAACUGAAGCAAUUGGUUCAGAUUAAUCUUAAUGGUUAUAAACAUUCUGUAGGUGACGUUAAUGGUGCAAGGAUGCGAACAAGGUUCUUUUCCCCAUGGCCCACCCCUGUAAGGUGCUGAGCACCUCUCACCCUCCUCCUGUUGUUGCGAUUGCUCCUACACUGCUUCUCCCCUUCCACUGAGCUUUGCUUUCCUGUAUUGUGGUCUGUGAAUUUGUCAAGCAUUGUACUUAAAUCUUACCUAGGCUGUGAAACCCUCCUGCCUACCAGAGAAACGGUCUAGAAUACAAAACCUUCCUGGCUCAAGCUGCUGAGUGACAAAGGAGUGCAGAAAAGAGAUUUGUUGUUGGUGAGAAUGUUGAGAAUUUCAGGAGCUGUGAGAGGACUCAGUGUGGAUUUGAAUCAGAGGCUUACAAGUUGUUUCUGUGCCUCGCAGUGGGUAAGGGGGUUCUGUGCAGAGGUCAGGAUGAUCCUUUCAUGCUCCCACAGGGAUCUGGGUCUCUCCUUGAGCAUCUUUUUGCAGGGGGGAAGCCCAGGCAUGGAGAGGCUGGAUUUUCCUGAUGAAAGAGCUUCCCUGUGGAUGUAUAUUCACUUUGCAGGAUGUCACCCCUAUGCAGCUGAGCACAGACAUUGAUAAAGCGAAGUGUCACUUGGAGGCUUUAUACAGUGUGAAAAUUGGUUGUGGUUCAAACCAUCUCAGUUACUGUUCAAAGACGGUGCACUUGAUACAAAAAGAAAAAACAAACUAAAGAAACACUUUGCAUGCUAGGCAUGUCAUUAAAUUUUCCCAUGAUAUGAAGCCAAAUACAGUAUAUAAUGUAUCAUACUUAAUAUCCAAAGGUGGAAACCAGAAGUAUAUACUCGUCUACUGUUAAAAAUCCAGCUUCUUCAAUUAAAUACUUUAUAUUCCUGUGGUAAAACUAUAUUUAAUUGAUUGAUAAACAGACUAGUAGAAUUCGGAACAUGGAUGUGCCAGUGCAGAGUAUCCUGCUGCUCCACAAGUCAUAUGGGAAACAGAACCACAGGCUCAUCCAGGCAGAGGCCGCAGUGUGGAGGACAUCUCUAGUAAAGUUGCACUAGAUCUGAAUCACAUA